UGUAUUAAGAACGGCACAGAUGUAUAAUAUAUCUUUUGUUAUAAAAAGAGCGAUAAAAAGAUGUGAUAUUUUUCGUUCAUCAUCCAUCGCGUAUCACAUUUUUUUGUCGCUCUUCAUCGAUAGACCAGUUUCGAUCUCUUCGACCGCUUUCGAUGCGAUACCAAAUAAAGAUCGAAGAGAUGGCAAUCUUGAAAGAGACCAGCCCCGAUGGGAAAUUAUUUACAACAGUACUGAUUCGUAACUCGACAUGCGUAUACAAUAAGAACAGAAACAACAGGUGUUUUGCAAUCUCGAGAGGAAGCAACAGCAAAAUUAUACUUGAUCUAUCGAUACAUGAACAUGAGACAAUUUGCAAUCGGCAUUAUUGUCCUGGAAGCUUCGUUGAGGAUCAGCGGAUUGUACACGAUUGUUGAGUGCCCGGCGGAAUUGCGGAGAGACAUCGCGGAAUACAGUGACUCAAAGCAGAUAAGCUGCAUAAUGCAGCUCUUAUGUCCACCGAAAGACCUGACAAAUUAUAAGAAUCACGUACAGGGUUAUCAGGUACACGAGUAUCUCGAUGACACCGAUCUCUCUGCAACGAUGUGCGAGAUAAAACUCAAGAUCAAUGUCGUGAAGAAUCUGAGUGUGAUCGAGACAGAAGAGGAAAAUCCGUGCAUCGAUCUCGUGCAUCACGAGCAUCAGGUGUUGCUACCUCAUUCGACAAAUUGCAGUUUGUUCUACAAAUGCGACUGGGGCAUGCCGAUGCUGUUUGAGUGUCCGGAGGAAUUGCAUUUCAAUCCUGUUCUCCAGGUGUGCGACUGGCCUUGGCAGGCCGGCUGCGACUCGUCCUGGAUCGGUUGCCCGCGACCAUUUCCACGAUGCCCGACUCGAUAUCCGGGUUUAUUGCCGCAUCCCUUUCUGUGCGAUCGUUUCUAUCAGUGCGAUUGGGGAACGCCGCGAUUACAGGCGUGCCCUGCAGGACUUUACUUUAAUUCACGACUCAAGAUUUGCGACUGGUCUUACAACUCUGAUUGUCAGAACUGUUGAGGUCGAAACAAAACGCGAUUCGCAAUUUUACGUCGCAAAUUGACAACCAAAUUUUAAAA